AUGCCUAAGGCUUAUGGAGGGCUUGGGCUUAGGGAUGGAGCUAGCUGGAAUAGAGCACUUCUUGCCAAGUAUGUUUGGGUUGUCUCUACUAGACAAGACUCUCUUUGGGUCAAGUGGAUUCAGCAUGUUUACCUAAAGGGGGUUAACUUUUCGAACUAUGUUUUGAAGCAAGACAGUAGCUGGUAUUGGCGCAAACUUUGCCAUCUUAGAAACAGAUUCAGUGAAGGAGAGGUCUUGGCUGCUGGUCUUUCUGGGACAUUCAGGCCAUCAAAGCUGUAUAACAACUCCCUAAACCAGCAAAUUGUGGCCUAUAAGAAUGCGGUCUGGUGUCGUACUACUCUCCCUAAGCACGGGUUUUUAUUAUGGAUGGUGGUUAACUCUUUCCUCCUAACUAGAGACAACUUGGCCAAAUGCACCAUUCCUCUUGAUAGCUCUCUCUGCCCGGUUUGGGAAGACCAGUGGGAGAGCCAUAACCAUCUGUUCUUUGAUUGCUGUUUAUCCAAGAGAAUCUUGUCUUGCAUCUUUUCUUGGCUUGGUUUUCGCGCUUGGGCCACGAGGUUCUCGGACUGGACUGUGAGGCUCAAUUGUGGGCAUAAUGACAGUAUGAGCAUGAUUAUUAAUAUGAAUCUUGCAGCUGUGGCGUAUCAAAUUUGGAGAAAUAGGAAUAGAUGCAUUUAUGAUGGUUUCUCAUUAACAGCUAAUUGCAUAGCUAAAGAUGUAAUUACCUUAGUCCAAUAUAGAUUAUUCAGUGUUCAUAGUAGGAAGGCUCUUCCUCAUCUCAAGCUUUUCUUAAGGAAGCUUUCUUGUAUGUAG